GACUAAUUUCGGGUUCGGGGCUCGGGUUGUCUCAUCAUGUCAUGUAAGGUCAUGUAGAGCCAGGUAAUCAAACUCCUCUACAGGAUAAUCUUAAAAGUUUGACUACUGUAAAUAUGUAGAUGAGAAGCGGGGAAGCUUGCUCACAAGUCGUCUAUAUAUACCUAUCUACUACUUACCCAAUAGCUCCUACAUAUUCCUCUCUCUCUAUCUCUCUUCAAAAGUGUUCAUCUUUCUCUAGAUACAUACAUACAUACAUACAUUACAUUACAUUCCUUCUCCUCUUGAUACCCAAACACUUCUCACACUGCUGAGUGCCCUGUAUCAUACCACAUCAUAUCGCAACUAUACACACAUAUACACACACACUAUUUGUUUGUUUGUACCAUCAAGUUUGACAUAGUUCAUUGUACUUGCUUACGUCCAACAUCAAACAUUUUUGUAUUAUUGCAUUCCACUACCUACCUACCUACCUACCUACCUACCUACCUACCUACAAAACAAAAGGGUUCAUUUCAUACCGGCAAAAUGGAUCGUCGAAGAGGCGAUGAGGCGGGGAAAGACGACGAGAACUCAAGAGAAUCUCAACGAGAGAACACUAGCUCACCCCUCUCUCUCCAAUCCGCAAGCCCAACCCGCCAAACUCCCACAACCACAGGCACCCCCAGCCGUCCACAACCACACCACCCCCACCGACACCCUAUCCCCCCACCAAUCCACCCCCCCUUCCACGCCUACACACCCCAACUCCACCCGCCCGUCUCCACCCCCGAGACCAUACUCCAAAGAAGAAACCUCCCACUCUCCACACCUCUCACUAUCGCAGAUCUCCACCAACCAGGAGAAACCUCAUUCGCUCCUCACCCAGGAGUUUCCCAUCGCUCUUCCCUAGGAGCAGAACCCGGCGCUACCUCUCCUAUUCCGACAAGCGGAGCCGUGCAACCAUCCACCACAGUUCCCACCACAGCAAAUCACCCCCCCGGAAGAAGAUACAGUCUCAAAAAGCGGGAAUCCAGCGCCAAUCUCUCGGCCUCUACUCCCAAACCCUACAUUGUCAAGCCGGCGAAAUCCAAAUCCAAAUCCACCGACACCGCAACUCCAAUCCCAGCACCAUCUGCAGAAGAUCUAAGUGACUAUGUAGAUACCAUGACUGACAGCUUGACGGAGACACUUGCCAGUCUUCAGAGUGCUGCACAGGCUAUCCGGAGGGUGACAAUCGAGACUGAGCGUAGAGCACACGCAAGAGGAAAUUCUGCUUUUGCGGGAGGAGGAGAAGAAGAGCAAGAGCAAGAACAAGACGAAGACGAAGACGAAGAAGGUAUGUCAUCCAAUCAGUCAGCAAUUGUCGACCUCGCUAAGAAAUUCUAGGAUGAUCUACACUACACCCAGUGUUCCCAAUCUCACCACUCACCGAUUGUCCUAAAUCCACACCUUGAACUGGGUUCAAGAUUUUAGCCCACAGGCAGUGUAGAGAGAAGUGAGUGGGGAAACCUUCUACGAGAUUCACUCUUCGAUCAUAUAUGUGUGCGCAGGAUCUAUUUCCACAAUCCACAUACAGACCGAAUACAACUUCGCAUGUGCUCUUGUAUUGACGAGAUGAGGUGUAUGUAUUAUUGAGCUGGAGUUCUCAUGACUUCGGCGACUCUAGCGUGUUCUUAGGAUGUGUACUUCUGGGUAUUCAGAGGCGUAUCACACGGGGUUUGAUACUACGAUGCGCUUCUAGGACGAGUUUCUGGAGUUGGAAAGUCAGAAUCGAUGUAUUUGGCGCCUUUCAACGUACUUCUGAGACGAACGUUGAAAAGCUUUCAGGAUAGGAAUUAGACAUGGUUAAUUAUCUACCA